GUGGCCUUUUCAGCCACUUCCGGGGAUUCUAUCGCCGGCGAAGGAGAGGAAGGGUCCGGUCCCCGAUGGCUCCCGCUCUGGCCUCCGGGAGAAGGCGGCAGAGAAAGCCGAAAAGGCAGCGGAGGUCGAAGGAGGAGGAGGCCCAGGACUACGAGAUGCCGGCGUCAACCUUCCCUGAAUCCGAAGGCGCUUCGGACGUGGAGCCGGACACCCAGGAAAUGGUUCGGGCCCAGAACAAGAAAAAGAAGAAGUCGGGAGGCUUUCAGUCCAUGGGCCUGAGCUACCCGGUUUUCAAAGGGGUUAUGAAAAAGGGAUACAAGAUACCUACUCCCAUCCAGAGGAAGACCAUUCCUGUGAUCUUGGAUGGCAAAGAUGUGGUUGCGAUGGCGAGGACAGGGAGUGGAAAGACGGCCUGCUUCCUCAUCCCCAUGUUUGAGAAGCUGAAGGCGCACAGUGCCAAAACCGGAGCGCGUGCCCUCAUCUUAUCGCCCACCCGGGAGCUUGCCUUGCAGACCCUCAAGUUCACCAAGGAGCUUGGCCGAUUCACUGGCUUGAAAACUGCCCUCAUCCUGGGAGGAGACAAGAUGGAAGACCAGUUCGCUGCUCUACAUGAAAACCCUGAUAUAAUCAUUGCCACGCCUGGCCGUCUGAUGCAUGUGGCUGUGGAAAUGAAGCUGAAGCUGCAGAGUGUGGAAUACGUAGUAUUUGACGAAGCAGACAGGCUCUUUGAGAUGGGCUUUGCAGAGCAUCUGAAGGAGAUCAUCUCAAGGCUGCCUGAGAGCCGCCAGACAGUGCUCUUCUCAGCCACCUUGCCGAAACUCCUUGUGGAAUUUGCCCGAGCCGGCCUUACAGAACCAGUGCUGAUCCGUCUGGAUGUGGAGUCCAAACUCAGUGAACAGCUCAAGCUCUCCUUCUAUCACGUUCGUGCCGAUGACAAGCCAGCCCUCUUGCUAUAUCUAUUGAGGACAGUUGUGAGACCCCAGGACCAGACGAUUGUGUUCGUAGCCACAAAGCACCACACAGAGUAUCUGAAAGAGUUGUUAACAGCGCAGGGUGUGGACUGCACUCAUGUGUACAGCUCUCUGGACCAGACGGCUCGCAAGAUCAAUAUUGGCAAGUUCACCCAUGGCAAAUGCUCUGUGCUGAUCGUCACAGACUUGGCUGCCCGUGGGAUUGACAUCCCCUUGUUGGACAAUGUGAUCAACUACAGCUUUCCAGCUAAGCCCAAGCUCUUCCUGCAUCGUGUUGGUAGAGUGGCCCGAGCUGGCAGGAGUGGAACAGCCUAUUCCCUUGUGGCACCGGAUGAGACCCCCUAUGUUUUUGACUUGCACCUGUUUCUAGGUCGGCCACUGGUCCUGGCUAGUCCCCACGAAAAGCCCACAGAUACAGACGGCAUGUUUGGCCGCGUCCCCCAGAGCAUCAUUGAUGAUGAGGAGAGCUUGCUGCAGACAGACCAUGAGCGCUCCCUGGAUCUUCAGAACCUCCGCCGUGUCGCCGACAAUGCCCAGAAGCAGUACCAGAAGUCACGGCCAGCUCCAUCGGCGGAAUCCAUCAAAAGGGUCAAGGGAAUGGACUUCAGCCUCCUGGGCAUUCACCCUUUGUUCAGUUCACGCUUUGAGGGUGAUGAGAUAGAGCGGCUGAAGUUUGUGGACAGCAUCAAAACGUACCGUUCCAGGGCAACCAUCUUUGAAAUCAACGCCACCAACAAGACUUUGGCCAGUGAUGUUAUGCGUGCCAAACGGAUCCGGGACCGGCAGCUUAUUGAUCGUCACCAGCGGAAACAGCAGGAAAGGCUAUCUUUGGUGGCAGCAACGGCAGCAGCAAAAGCCCCAGCUCCUGGCACUCAAGAAGUCCUGGAGGAAGGAGAAGAACAAAUUCGGGAGGUCUUCUCCAGUGUGGUAGGAAGAAAACGGAAGCAGCACCCAGCAAGGAAGGGUACCGAACAGCAGGAACAGCAGCUGUCAAUGCAGCAGGACAAAGAAUUCUACAUCCCCUACCGGCCAAAGGAUUUUGACUCUGAGCGUGGACUGUGUGUUGGUGGGGAAGGCAGUGCUUUUGAGCAGCAAGCUUCAGGUGCAGUCCUUGAUCUGAUGGGCGAUGAGAAUGAGAACAUGAACAAGAACAAGAAACUCCUGAAAUGGGAUCGGAAAAGGAAGCGAUUUGUGGGGCAGACUGGCCAGGAGGAUAAGAAGAAGAUCCGCACUGAGAGUGGGGCAUAUAUUAGCAGCUCCUACAAAAGGAACCUCUAUGAGAAAUGGAAAAAGAGGAACAAGAUCGAUGAGCAAGACUCUGACUUGGAGGCUGAAGGCGAGCGCCGAGCAGGGAAGAAAUGGAAAGGGAGAGGUGCCCAUCCAACGCCAUCUCCCCAUGGCAGCCGCGGCCCCCAGCAAGGAAAGGUCCGCUCUGAGCUGAAAACCAAGCAGCAGAUCUUCAAGGAGAGGAGGAAGAAGGCCAAGCAGCACUUCUUGCAGUCAGGAGGCAUGAAACGCCUGAAGUCCCGCAACCGCCAGCAUCUGCAAGAGCUACGCCGCUCAGCUUUUGGGCGCGGAACAGCCAAAAAGGGCAAGAUGCGGAAACGGAUGUAGGCGUGUGAUGCCAGCAGGGUGAGCUUUCAAUACUCACCUCAGUUACUGACUCUGUAAGCUUUGGAGUGAAAAAUUAAAACUAUUUUUUCCCACCA